AUGCCACACGAACAACGGCAACCGUUCAAUGCUAGUUGUAUUAUGGAUACCCUAAACGUCUUCCGCGGGCCAGAAUCCGUGGCCAGCUAUUACAACCCUGACAACAGCCCGCCGCUGCCUCUUGUCGAGAUUCCUGAUCGUCUGAAUCCGUUCAGACGCGAUGGUGUGAGAAUCUACGCCAAGCUUCUCACGGCAUUACCAGCGCAGAAUGUGAAGUCUUUGCCGGCGUUGGGAAUGCUGUUAGCCCAAACAAACGCCGCCGACAAGUCCAUAGUCGAGGCAAGCUCAGGAUCUACUGUGUUGUCUCUUGGCAUAGUUUCUCGCGUGCUCUGGGGAAACGAGAGCGUCACCGCUUUUGUGACGAACAAGAAACAUCCCGAUUCACUCAAGCUAUUGAGAUUUUUCGGUCUCAAAGUGUCUCUGUAUGGAGGGCUUGCACAGCAAGAGCCGACAGAUCCACGGGGUAUCAUGCAAAGGCUGAGAGAGAGGGCAGCCCGGGACAGCCAAAUUUGUUAUCCAGGACAAUAUGACAACGAAAAUAACUGGAAAUCCCAUGAGCGUUGGACUGGGCCUCAGAUCCUCAGUCAGCUCCCUGAAAUCAAAGUCUUCUGUACGACCGUAGGCACAGGUGGUUGUAUCACGGGUACGGGAAAGUAUUUGAAGUCCCAGAACCCCUCAAUACAGGUCGUCGGUGUCUUCAAUGUCUUUGGAGACCCAACGCCUGGUCCUCGACACUUCUACGGUUUUCAAACUUGUGGCUUCCCGUGGAAGGGGACAGUGGAUGUCCAGCAGGAAGUCUCGUCGGCUGAUGCCUACCGCAUGUCGAUGAGGCUUUCACGCGAGGGUAUAAUCGCAGGCCCCUCGUCAGGGGAAGCUCUCCAAGGACUUUUAGAUUACAUCGCCGAAGCCAAGUCCGGCGGCAAGCUUCAAAGCCUGGCCGACGAUGCCACGGGAGAGGUUUCUUGCGUCUUCACUUGCAGUGAUCUGCCGUACCAGUACUUGGACGGGUAUUUUCAGAAGCUCGCCAAAGAUGAGUUCUCGCCCAUCGAGAACGAAGACAGACACGACGAGCGGUGGAUCCUGGAUCCCCGAAAAGCUGCCGACAUGCUGAACACCAGGCGUAUGUCCGACGCCAGAAAGGAAGACGAAGCCUACGACACGCAACUGAGCGAGAAGUCGGUGCCGGUCCAAAGCCGCACAUCCAGGAUCAAGAGCGGCGGGAAGGCCGGUUUUACUGGGUGGAUCAAGACUUGUUUCAAGGGCGUUGAGCCACAGGGACAGGGGAACUCGCUGCAAAAGCCCAAAGACGAGUCACUGUUGGUUUUGGACCUUCGAAGCGCCCAGGAAUUCUCAAUACGGCACAUCGAAGGAGCCCAUCGGGUAUCCUUGGACGCUCUGUGCCCCGGAGCGGCAGCUGGCGUCGACCUGUUUGGAGACGCAGACGCCGUCCACAGGGUCUGGACCAACUUGCAGAUGAUGUUUAAGGAUGGCCCAGCAGUAGGCGUGCUUGAAAGGGCAAAGAGUCGCGGGGUGCCAGUGCUAGUCCUUUGCUAUAACGGCGAAGUAUCACGCCUGGCCACCUCGCUGCUCAGGGGCAAAGGGGUUGAGGCGCUCAGUGUAGGGGGUGGAGCCGACGAGCUUUGGAAAGCAUUGGAUGUCAAGGAAUGA